GAUCUGUAAACUCCGUGUAUUUGCAGUGAAGUCUGGUGUGGAGCUGUUUGUUCUUUACGCAUGAAGAUAAAGAUCCGCUAAAGCUGCUGUCAGCGUCUCCAAAGUCAGCCUGUCCUUUCUGCUAUGGCGUCUUCUGCAGAAUGGCAGUAGUGUUCAGCCUUGUGUCGUUAACUGUCACCAAGGUUUUACAGUUUUCGGGACUUAGCGACAACAGGAAUGCGCUGAAGACUCAGAAGAUGGAGGAGAAAGCGCUGGAAGUUUACGAUGUGAUUCGAUCGAUCCGGGACCCGGAGAAGCCCAACACCCUGGAGGAGCUGGACGUGGUGACGGAGAAAUGCGUGGAGGUCCGGGAGCUCGGAGAGGACGAGUACCUCAUCAUUAUCAAGUUCUCUCCAACCGUCCCCCACUGCUCUCUGGCCACUCUGAUCGGCCUGUGCUUACAAGUGAAGCUGCAGCGAUGUUUGCCAUUUAAACACAAGAGGUCAAGGGUCACAGAGAGAAGAGUUUUCCUGGACGACCAUCAAACGGAGCGUGUGGAGGCAGGUGGAGAGCUGCGUGCUUCAUCUCCGCAGCAUUGAAGCGGCUCUACAAACAAAGAUGAGUAGCCUCUUGAUUGGAGGAGUGUUUCCUAUCGGGGAGCUGCUGAACAUCUGCUCGGUGCAGAGAGCGCAGCCAACACGACGCAGCUUCACACUGCAGUCUGAGCUAAGAAAGGCAGAGAGACACAGGUCACAUCAAGCGGUAUCUUUAUUUCCUUGAUGUCAUACAAGCUUUUAAAAGAGUUUUUGUUGGGUAGGACAUUAAACACUGUCACAUCAGCGGGCUAUAAGUAAUGUAGACAGUUUGAUCUUCAUGGAGGGGUAGAAAGUUUCUCUACCGAAACAUCAAGAAAAGUCAAGAGAUUAAAGUGAUCUAAAAGGUGCCAGAAUAAGAAAAGAAGGACAGUGUUUAGGUUGACCACUGAUGUUGGGUGAUCCGGUCUGGCUCGCAGUCGCUGUUCAAGUUCAUUUGAAAGGUGUUGGAUGGGUUUGAGGUGAGAGCUCUGUGCAGGCACGUCGACUUCUUUCACAUCAGACUGAGAAAACCAUUUCUUUACGGCUGAGCAGGAACGGGACAAACACAAUCUGAUGACACACAGAACAAAUAUUUUACGCUUUGUUACGAAACAUUUAUAUUGUUUGGUGUCGCUGUGAACAGUUUCUUGUCUCAGCGUUUGAACCGUCACCACCCGUUUACUUAAUUGCGUUUGUUCUCUGAGCUGCACGUGUCGCUUUUCUCUCUCUUACUCUGCAGUUUUCAGUCCAAACUGCCUUCCUCUAAACAUUUCUUCUCUUUUAAGUAAGCAUGUAGCAAAUAUCUGAAUAAAUAACACCAGAAAGAAGAAAAACGCUGUGCGACCUGCCUUUUAA